CUGGUCUUUGCUGUCAUCAUCAUGGCGUAAUGUAAUGUGAUGCUUUGAAUGUCAGUUUGUAUUAUAAUUUGGUUACAAAUAAUAUAAUUAAGCUAGUUUUGUGAUUUUUAUUGAAGCAAGUAAACCUUGGCGUUGCUUAGAACAUUCCUUAUUGUGUUAUUUCUUCGAUAUAUUGUGUCUAGCAGACGCAGUCCCUUCUAUAUUUCCAUGGGAUUCUGACACUGAAGAAGAAAUGGAAGACAUAAGUGCACCAGUUGAAGGGUUCAGUGUAGAUUGUGAAGUUGAGAAUGUUGAUGCUAUUAAGAAGUUUAUUGAAGCACAAGAGAAGGAGUUGCAGGAACAGAAACUUGCUGACUUUGAGAUCAGUGAGAAAAGUAAUGACACAGCAGUCACAGCAGAUAACGCCACACCAUGUCAUAGUGAGUCGGUGUGCGACCCUGCAUCUGUGUUGGGUGUGAUACACAGCGAGUCUGAAACAGAUCUUGAUAUGUCUAAGAAAAGAGAUGUUGCUACUAAGCAGCUAUUAAGUCCUGUGGAUAAAGGUAACAGUAGUAUGGCCCUCUCAAUAGGAUCAAAGGUAGAAGCAAAAGAUUUUGAGGAAAAAUGGCAUACUGCAGAAAUUAUAGAAGUUGACUAUGAAGAGAUGGAAGUUCUCAUACAUUAUGAAAUUGAUAGAAAAAAACAUGACGAAUGGAUAAGCGUGAGCAGUCCUCGCUUAAGGCCCUUCAACGAGGCCUCAACCAGCAGCAGUUCAACCACAGUCAAACCUGGGCCCAGUUCAGAAGAGAGUGUCACGGACACAUUGCCCAUAUCUUCUCUGAAAGAAGAACCGAAAGAUAUAAAGACAGAAGAGAAGAUUAAACUGACUUACGCUGUUGGAGAGCGAUGUUUAGCAAGAUGGCGGGAUAAUAGACGCUUUGUUGCUACCAUUUUGAAAGAUCUCGGUGAUGGCAAUUACGAAAUAGUUUUCGAUGACGGUUGCAAUUGGACGUGCAAUACGUCGCGGUUGCAUAAGCUGCGCUCGAAACAGGGCAGUGAUACAGCAUCCACGCCCAUUUCGUAUGGGGCGGGGCCAACAAAUGCGAACACACAAACAGCCUUCCACACACACCUUUUUGACCCCACAAGAGACUAUUUAGGCUCAAAAAGCGAACGUCGUGAAAUGAAACGGAAAUUAAAUAUAAAAGAAAUAUUUAAUAUAGGACAGAAGAGGUCUCGGAAACAGAAAAGUCCGAAUGAAAAUGCCCAUAAGAAUGUCGAAAGAAAACCAAGGAUUCUGAAAAAGAGACGUGUGAGACCUGUCAAGUUGAAGCUUGAAAGUGAUAUUAAGACGGAAAUUAAAACCGAUUUGCCAGCAGUAGAUGCAGUAGCGUCCAUCAUUGGUACGGUAACUAAAGAAGAAGAAACACAUGUUGAAGAUAAAGAAGAUGGAAAGCAUACCGAAGUAAAACAAGACCCAGUACAGGAAGAGACAAAGAAUGAAGAAGCACAACCAGACCCAGAACCUACUGAUGACAAAAAGACAGAAAGUGAAAUAGAUACUAGAAAUUCCAUUGAUGAUCCAAUCAAACAAAAUAAUAAUGAAGAUGAUCUCAUUCAGUUAGAAGAUUUGAAAGGCGAACUUGACCCAGUUUUAGAUGAAGAAGUUAAACUAGAACAGUUUGAAAAACCAGACGAUGUAAGACACGAAGAAGUAAUAGACAGAAUCAAAGAAGCCAUAAACAAACUAGAAGAUGGUUUGAGCCAAAUUGAAAAGGUUAACUCACCUAAAGUAGAAAUUAAAGAAGAAAUACCGACUCCAGAAGUAAAACCAACAACAGACAUCAAAGAAGAAAGCGAUAAGAAAACAGAAGAACAAACAGAAAAAGAUAAGGAGAAACUAGCGAAAGUGAAGAAGGGAAAGAAAUUGAGAUUGUUACAGGAGAAGAAAGUUAAAAAACAAGUGGAGAGAGUAAAAAAUGAAUUGAAACAGAUGAAAAAGCAAAUGUCUGAGAUGAGACAACAGAUAUUGAAGAGACCGGAAUUAGCGCACGUGGCACCUGGGGCCAUGUUGCCGGAGAGCUUUCUUCUGCCUAACGAGUGGUGUUGCCGAUGGGUCAAUGGCCAGCCCCUUGGUACCGUCAGCGAGAUCGAAUGCGAGGUUAAGCAACAAGAGCCUGGUAGCAAGCCACCUUUACCUAGAAGAAGUGUACAGGUUGAAGAUAAGAGGUUACCCGAAGGCUGGACGAAGCACAUGGUCCGUAGGAGCUUCGGGAAUUCUGCGGGCAAGUGGGACGUCGUGUUAGUCAGCCCUGAUAACCGGCGGUUCCACACAAAGAACGAGAUGCGAGUAUACUUGGAGAACAACCCCUCGCUAUUACGAGGGGGCUAUGAAUAUGCACUAACGGACUUUGGUGUGCACCUAAAACUGGCACGCCGUAUGGGAUGGAUCACACAGACUGCUGAAGGCGAGCCCUCUGCACCGCUCCUCCCAGCAGGCACUCUUAGCAGUACCUCCCCAUUGUUUAAACGCAAGAAACUAAGCCUCAAGAAGAAGAGAGAUGGAAAAGACAAAAGACCAAAGAUUACCAUCAAGAUGAAGGUGCCGAAAUCUAAGGAUGGUCCACCAUCAGAAGAUCCUAUAUCGUCGCCAAGCUUGCAAAGUGCAAAUGAUGACUCGCCAGCUCCAGAACCUGCCGUAGAAGUUCCUCCAUUGGAAGAUGGAUAUGUAUACGUCGGCUCAUUAAAAGUUCAAAUCAUCGAGAACCUCCUCCGAUGCCCAGCUGAAGGUUGCUUCAAGAACUUCCGAAAUAACACUCUAAUACAAAUGCACAUUAAACACUAUCACAGAGAAUUGAGAAAGAUGUUGGGCGACACACCGAAAGUUCUAGACCUCGCAUACGCAAGGACUAAGCAGCCCAUAGAGUUGGAGAGUCCUAGAGUGACUAACGAUAAGGUCAUCAAAGUGAAGAUACCCAGACCUCCGAAGCGAGAGGAACCGAAGCAAGAAGUGAAGGAAGUUAAACCAGAACUGCAAGUGGAUACAACACCUGUUGCACCGGUUAAGGAACCUGAUUUGCCAGUACCUAGAAGUCAGGACUCGCCCAAGCUUCGGCAGGCUUUGAGCAACAAGCCAGUGAAGAGACCGCGAGUGUUGCUGCCCGUUAGAAGACCUGACCCAGAGCCAGUAUUGCCUGAACCAGUAAACGAAGAAGUAGACGUGGAGAACAAUGAAAACAUUGAGCCUAAGAUGGCAGUCCCGCCUUUACAAACAUUGGACUUUGAAAGCGCGAUAUCUACACACACAGUCACCAAACCUUUAAUAGAAAAGAAGAGAAGAACUGAGAAGAAACGUAAGACCUUCGCUCUGGCUGCCAAACUGCCGGCGAGUGAGGAAGAAGAUUGGUUGGGAGCUAAUUCUGACUUUGACACAAGGUCAAGCUUCCCCCGGUCAGGGACACCUGAUUCUAAAGCUGAUUGCAAGGUCGCGCCUGUGUCUUCCGAGUCUAAUGAGGAGAAUAAGGACGCGAAUAUGUAUAUGUAUACUGAAAACGGCGAGCGUAUAAAGAUAGUGCAUAUGAAGCGCGAGGAGAUAAUAAACUGCCACUGCGGGUUCCGCGAGGAGGACGGGCUCAUGGUGCAGUGCGAGCUCUGUCUCUGCUGGCAGCAUGCGCUCUGCCACAACAUACAGCGGGAGUGCGAUGUUCCGGAAAAAUACACAUGCAGUAUAUGCCUAAAUCCUCGCCGUGGGCGUCGGUCGCAGCGUUUCCUACACGACCAGGAUCGCAUGUACGAAGGCUUAUUACCGGGGGGCAAGCCGUGCGAGACGUUGCGCCGCUCCCACGAGCUCGCGGGCAAUCUCCUGCGCAUUGAGGAUGCCUUGCAUGCGCUCAGAGUCAAGUACUAUGUUGCUACUAAAAAAGACCAUCCAAAAUUAUACCUAUGGGCCAAAGACUGGGAGCAGCUUGAGAUUCAGAACACGCAAGAAAAGCUAAACUCUGACUAUUCGGAUCUGAACAUAAUGAUCAAUAUAGAUAAAGAGAACAAACCUAUUAAGCCGGCAGACGUGAAGGACAUACAAUUGGAUCUAAAAACGCCGCCGUCUGAAGAACAGGAUCAGGAAAGGUACUCACAGAAGGACAACCAACUUGGUACUCAGUCAUUAUUAAGUGGAUUACUCUCGAGCCCGGGGGAUCCGUCACUGGACUUGCCCAUCAGCACAUCAGAGUUAGAACGACUUGCUAUAUCUGUGCAAGAGCAAGAAGCCCAGCGCGCCAUGAUAGUGGCCCCGCAGCCUGAGCCCCCCAUAGAGAACUCGACCUGUCGCCGCCAGCUACUCAAACACUUACAACGCUGCCAGGCACUCAUCGACGCUAGGCUAGACUCCAUCGAGGCGCAGGUUGCAGAAUUAGAAUCUCAAGACCCAUCAUUUGAAGACGAUGAGACAGCAGAGUACUUCCCGCGCACCAAGCAGACUGUGCAGAUGCUGAUGAGGGAUCUGGAGACCAUGGAGGAGUUGGGAGUUAUCACGUAGACUAUACAUGUCAUGUCACGUGGAAUGCGUGAUGGAACGAGCACAAUAAAUCUAUUAUUUAGACCUAGCUGUCAAGUAUGGACAAAAGCAAGCUAGUAGUGCCUUGUUUUAAGUGUUAUUGCGAAUGAAGAUAUACUAUGUAAUAACCACCAAUCGUAAACACUUCAGCACCAUACUCAGUUUACUAAGGAACUUGCCUAAAUGAUUUUUUGUUCAAUAAUACAAUUUCUUUCAAAUAAAUCUAAAACUAAACUAUACUUUAAGCUUCAAAGAAACGAAAUAGUUGACAAACCUGUUUAGUUUUGAAAGUUACAAAGCUUUAAUGUAUUUCUUAGAAGGAUUAAUUAGGAAAUUGCUGUAAACAAAAUAAGCGUAUAUAUUUUGUAACAGUCGUGCCCUCGGCUUCGUUCAUGUAAGAAUGUAAGUAUGUAAUUAGUGAUAUAAUAUAAUUGACAAUGAUUUUCAUAUUGUAUGGCUUUUUAAUAUUUCUUUGAACUUAUUAAAAUAAUAUUUGAAGAACAAAAUUAGCCAAUUAGGUUCAGGCAUUAGUUUUAAGGAGGCUA